CGGGGAGUGAGGACCAUGUAUAGGCGCCGCUCACAGUGUUGCCCUGGUUACUUUGAAAGCGGGGACUUGUGUGUUCCUCUGUGUACAGAGGAGUGUGUCCAUGGUCGCUGUGUGUCUCCUGAUACAUGCCAGUGUGAGCCUGGAUGGGGUGGACUGGACUGCUCUAGUGGCUGUGAGAGUGACUACUGGGGACCUCAUUGCAGUAAUCGGUGUCAGUGCCAAAAUGGGGCGAAGUGUAACCCCAUCACAGGUGCCUGUGUCUGCACUGAUGGGUACCAGGGAUGGCGUUGUGAGGAGCCCUGUGAGCACGGUUACUAUGGCAAGGCAUGCCAACUACCUUGCCAGUGUCUCAAUGGUGCCACCUGCAACCAUGAGACAGGAGAGUGCAUCUGUGCACCAGGGUACUCAGGGGCUUUCUGUGGAGAGCGCUGCCCCUCCGGUAGUCACGGGCCUCACUGUGAGCAGCGCUGUCCCUGUCAGAAUGGAGGAACAUGCCACCACAUCACUGGAGAUUGCUCCUGCCCUGCCGGGUGGACGGGUUCAGUUUGUGCCCAGCCAUGCCCUCUUGGCAAGUACGGCAUCAACUGCAGCAAGGACUGUUCCUGUCGUAAUGGCGGACUGUGCGACCACAUCACAGGGCAGUGCCAGUGCGCAGCUGGCUUCAGUGGACGCAGGUGUCAGGAUGACUGUCCUGUAGGCAGCUUUGGUCCGCAGUGUAACCAGAAGUGUGAGUGUCGGAAUGGAGCAAAGUGUCACCAUAUCAAUGGAGCUUGUCUAUGUGAAACGGGAUUUAAAGGCCCUAAUUGCCAAGAGAGAUUCUGUCCCACAGGCCUCUACGGCCUCAUCUGUGACAAGUACUGCCCCUGUAAUACCACCAACACCGUGAGCUGCCACCCACUUUCAGGUGAAUGCACCUGCUCUGCGGGAUGGACAGGGCUUUACUGUAAUGAGACCUGCCCGCCUGGAUACUAUGGAGAGGGAUGCAUGCUGCCUUGCAGCUGUACCAACGGAGCUGACUGCCAUCCUGUCGCCGGUGCCUGUAUAUGUGCCCCUGGGUUCAUGGGUGAGGACUGUGCUACUGUCUGUCCUCCUGGUCUGUACGGACCAAGCUGCAUGUCCACCUGCUCCUGCCAUAAUCACGCAUCCUGCUCUCCAGUCGACGGCUCCUGCAUCUGCAGGGAAGGCUGGCAGGGUGUGGACUGCUCUAUCCUCUGUUCCAGUGGUACGUGGGGUCUGGCCUGUAAUCAGACAUGCUUAUGUACCAAUGGAGCUGCAUGUGACCCUAUAGAUGGCACCUGUACGUGUUCUCCUGGGUGGAGGGGAGAGCACUGUGACGAGUCCUGCCCUGAUGGCACCUAUGGCUUGGAGUGCCGUGAGCGCUGUGACUGUAGCCAUGCUGAUGGCUGUGACCCAGUGAGUGGCUAUUGCCGCUGCUACCCCGGCUGGACAGGAAUCCACUGUGAUAAUGUGUGCCCACAAGGCUUCUGGGGACCCAACUGUUCAGUCAGCUGCUCCUGUCAGAAUGGAGGAUCCUGCUCUCCAGAGGACGGCACAUGUGUGUGUGCACCUGGAUACAGAGGGACCUCCUGCAAAAGAAUCUGCUCUCCGGGGUUCUACGGGCACCGCUGCAGCCAGUCAUGUCCACAGUGUGUGCACAGCACUGGGCCGUGCCAUCAUGUCACGGGCCACUGUGAGUGCCUGUCUGGCUUCUCUGGCUCUCUGUGCAACCAAGUCUGUCCGAGCGGCAGGUACGGCCGGGCCUGCGCUGAAAUCUGCCUCUGUACCAACAAUGGCACCUGCAACCCCAUUGAUGGCUCCUGCCAGUGCUUCCCUGGCUGGAUAGGAGAGGAUUGCUCUCAGGCCUGUCCGUCUGGGCACUGGGGCCCUGAUUGUCUCAACUCAUGUAACUGUCACAAUGGAGCCCAGUGCAGUGCCUACGAUGGGGAGUGCAGGUGCAGCCCUGGCUGGACCGGACUCUACUGCACACAGCGCUGUCCUUCAGGGUUCUACGGCAGGGACUGCUCCGAAGUCUGUCGCUGCCAAAACGGUGCAGACUGUGACCACAUCACUGGCCAGUGUGCUUGCCGAACAGGCUUCAUCGGGACGAGCUGCGAGCAGAAGUGUCCUGCUGGUACAUUUGGAUAUGGUUGCCAGCAGCUGUGUGAGUGCCUGAACAAUGCUACCUGUGACUAUGUGACUGGAACAUGCUACUGCAGUCCGGGAUAUAAAGGCAUCCGUUGUGAUCAAGCAGCUCUGAUGAUGGACGAGCUGAACCCGUAUACCAAGAUUAGCCCAGCGCGAGGCUCGGAGCGCCAGUCUGCAGGGGCUGUCAUGGGCAUCAUCUUUUUACUCCUCAUCAUCAUGGCCAUGCUCAGUCUGUUUGUGUGGUAUAGACAGAGGCAGAGAGACAAAGGACACGAGAUCCAGCCCAGUGUUUCCUACUCACAGGCGAUGCACAUCACCAACACUGACUAUUCCCUUGCUGCUGAGGUCAAUCAGAGCCAGAACAGCAGCAGCAGUAGCCAGUGCUUCUCCAACCCCAGUUACCACACUGUGGCCCAGUGUAAUGUUGUCUCAACCAUCUCCAGCAACCUGGAUGGCACUCUGACCCUCAAAUCAAACACCCUGAAAACCAGAAAUGGCUCAGAAUGGAGAGCCUACUGCAACCUCAAUGAUAUAGGUAAGUUUUCCCUUUCUCUUACCAUGAUGCACCACAUACAUCCAGAAUUUGCAGAUUACAUCAAGGGCUCCAUGUGCAGCAACAGCUCCUGCUCCCUGAAUAGUGAGAAUCCAUACGCCACCAUUAGAGACCCUCCAGGGCUGGCUUGCAAGCACACAGAGAGCAGCUAUGUGGAGAUGAAGUCCCCCUCCCACCGUGAAGUGCCCUUUGGAGGCACUGCCACCCUCCUGGGCAGUGCGAGCAGGAAUGUCUAUGAUGUUGAGCCAACGGUGAGUGUGCUGCAGGGACCAAAUGGAAUGGCCACCGGCUUCUCCCAGAGCCCCUAUGACCUUCCCCGUAGCAGCCACAUCCCCAGCCACUAUGACAUACUGCCUAUGCGUCACAGCCCCACACACACACCCCCGCCACCCCCAGAAAGUCCCAGCUCCCUGCUCUAGAGGGCACACCCUCCGCCCGGCUCUGACAGCGUGCCUGAAGUCCAGGCAAUGUCAACUUUUCAACCAACGGCCCUUCCUCUGUCUCCGUGUUUGUUCAAUUAGAUACUGAGAUGUUGAGAUGGAGGGACAGCCACAGCUCUCCUGGACCCGGCUCUCUUUGGCUCCCUCUCUGACACUCUUUCUGUGGCCCUGAAGGAAGGAAGGGAGGAAAGAGUGUCCCACACACCAGCGACCAUUCACCCAUUUUAUUUCCUUACAGAACUGAUCACUCAAACUGCUGCCCGGCCUCUUUAUGGACCUUCUGAAGUGGAACAUAAUGGUUCUAAACAGCGCUAAGGGCAGCAUACAGGGAUUGGGUGGACAGAUUAUUUACAGGGAGAGAGCUAUCCUCACACUCAUUUUUAUCCCAUGAUAUAGGUUUACUAUUCAAGGGCAGCCAAGUGUUUAUAAUGUCCCCUAAACAGAAGUGAUUUUCUCCACAGAAAGGAAGGUAUAGCAACCUUGACCAUUUCAAAGCAGGUGACGAUUUACUACAUAGAGACAUCAGAGUUUAUGAAUUGUCACUGUGUGUAGCAGCUGCAGAUCACAGCACAGCUGACAUUAAGUGAUUAUGGCCAUCUACUCUGAGGGGAUAGUAGAGAACUGUCUGUUCUAAAUGGUAAACAUGGAAACCCGGCUGAGAAUCUGAAAGCAUGGAUAAAUAGUAAAAUAUUGUAAUGGUCCUUUAUUCACUGUUAUCCUGUAAAGGUCACACAGUUAAUACUAAGGUGAUCCCUGUCUGUAACUCAAGAGCUUCUUUUUAAGUUUCAGUGGAAAUGAGGCCCUGUGUAUCUGGAGAUGCGUCCAGGUCACCAGUGUUCAUGCAUUGUUACAUUAACUAAGAGACACACUGAUGGAGUGAUCAUAUCUUGUGUUGUUUUCUAUGUGAAAGCAUU